AUUUUGCAUUUGCGAUUGCUUGCUGCUCCUUGCUCCUUGCUCUCAUCAUUUUAAGACGUUACUCGUAAUAUACUCCUGCAGUCCUGGCCAUGAUAUGAUUAGCCGCCCUCGUCUUUCUUCAAAGAGUUUUACAUGGCGUCACCACAGGACCAGGCUGAGCAGGUCAAGACAGCAGCCGCGUCGAUAGCAACAUGCACCCCCGCAACGGCCGUCCUCCUCAAGGAGCUGCUCUUCCCCAGAGAGAGCAAUGAACCCUCCACCACCGCGACCAAGACGACCAAGACAGCUCGAACAACAACCACCACGAAGCGCAAUGGCACAACAUCGAGAACGGCCGGCGCCAGGAAGGCAACGACGGAGGACAAGGAGGAGCUGUCCGCAAAGGAAAAGGGCCUGCUUGCCACUCAUAUUCUGAACGUAACUUUGAAGUCGCUAGGGCAGGCUGUCAAGGCGCCCGCGACAGCCACGCCCAAGGAGCCGGCUGUUGGGGCUGAGGAUAUGGUCAAGACCCCUCCCAAGAGGCGCAUCCGACGAUCCAACUCGGCUCCCGUGACGCCAAUGCAACCCCGUUCUGUCAACAUGGUCUCUACCUCCCCCGAAGUCGAGAAAAAGCCCGCCCGGUCACCGUCCAAGCCGAACGCCUCGACGGGCUGCCUGUCAACGGUCGAAUGUGCCCGAGUCGCACUAUCGGCACUCCGACAGCUCCGCGUCGCAGGCAAGAUAACUCUGCCACAGCUCCAGCUCGAAAUGGGCAUGUCGACUCUGGUUUCAAGGCUUAUUGGUCUGGGGCUAAUGGAGCAUGCUGUCAAGGAGAUGCGCCCCUUCAAGAAGGCAUUGGACGACCUGCUUGCAACCGACAAGAAGACCCCCAAGCCUGCGCCGACGACCUCAUCCCUGAGUCUGGCCGAGCUGCUCGAAUUUCGUGGGGCCAAACCCUCCGGCCAGGUAUUAACUUUCGUCAUCACCGCGCAGAUGCAGGUCCUGAGGAUUAUGGCCAAGAUGAGGAGACCGGCCGAUAUCGAGAAGGCUUUGACAUACCUUCGGCCAAGUUAUGAAUUCUCGCCCACCAGUCUCCUCCUCCUGACGGCAGGGUCAACCAAGGCGGAAAAUGACAAAGCUGCCAAGUUGCUUGACACCUUCUCAAACCUUUUCCUGGCCCUGGCACCAAGCGUCUCGAGCAGCCAGGACGCUGUGGCCGUGGAUCCAAAACUCGCCAUCAGCCCACUGGCCGCCCUUGAGCUGCGGGCCAUCGCCCUGCUGUCCAAGUUAAGCUGGUGGAAAUUAGCUGGUCACAAGGGUGAUGCAGAAAAGGAGAUUCUUGCUCCGCUGUCACAGUGCUGGCUUGCCUACGCUCGGCGAACGGGUAAGACAACACCUUCUAGUUACAAGAGCUGCCUUUCGGUCUACAAUGAGGUCCACACCCAGAUCCUUUCUCAGAGUCUUGAGCCAGCACAGGCACCAAAAUCGCCAUCGGCCAGCAUCUACCAGGUAUUGGCCAAGUUAGCACGGGAAGCGGGCCACUACAGCGAGGCUGUCGCGUGGGCAGAGAAAGUCAGUCAAACAAUUGACCCGACCCAAGCUUCACCGGCCAAGUGUUGCGCAACCUCAGCUUUAUUACUAGCAUGCCGCCUCAAGAUUCCAUGGAAGUACCCAUCGCAGGACCAACUGCUCCAGGGAGUACUAGAAGGACUUCAGGGGCAGCUCCGAGGCGACACGGGCGAGUUGGACGAUCUUCUCAACAGCCUAACCAUGGCCCUGGAAUCAGUCAUGCAAGUCCUUUAUGGGAGACUGAGUGACGAUGAAGGCAAAAAAUACCAGCCUUCAGCCGACUUCUCCGGGCUCCUAGAGGAUCUUGUCUACCAGCUGCCACGGUUCUGCUCUCGAUGGUUGGGAAAACGACCUUCGUCGCAAGACGAUACUAAGGGUCUCGUUCGAUACGAACAGAGAAGAGCUAUGAUGGCUACAUCGGCACCCAAGGUUCUGAACUCGGCGUUGAGUCUGGCGUUGACCAAUGUCGAUGCCAGGAAGAUACCGUGGGACAAGCUCGACCCACUCCUACUCGGAUGUCAGGGGUUUCUCGACAGCUUGGGAGACCUCGCCUCCGCCGACCCUUCAGUGUUUUAUCAUGCCAAAAUCUCACAUGUAUAUUACGUCCAGCACACCAUUUUCGUGGAAGCAAGCAGACGAUCCAAAGCCGACUGGAAGGAAAACAUGGGGCUUGCAUUACGGGCAAUGCGUCGCUCGAUUGAAUGUAUCAAAGAGAGUUCAAGCAAGGAGCGGACGAGAGCUCAGAUCCUGUUCAAGCUUGAACGUAUGAGCACGCUGUACAAAGAAACCGGCAGACUUGGCGAUGCGCUGACAUCGCUGCAUAGCCUUAGGGACGCCUUGGUUGAAGAUGGCGUCCUGAAAGCAGUUGCUGAGGCAUCUAAAGAACUCCCGCCGCGACAAGCGUGGUCAACCAGCCAAGAAGCAGAGCAGCUUUCAUCCACAUUGAUCUCUAUCGGCCGUUUAGAACAGGGCUGGGUCGACUGGACUGUCCAUCUGGACGAACCUGAACGACUCGUUGCUCUUGAGCAUCGACUUGAAUUCAUUGUCUUGAGGAACUCUGGCACCAACAAUGCUGGGACUCAAGAUGCAUCUGUUGAAGCACUCCUUGAGCUGUGCUCAGUCAACAAAUAUCCAGUGAGAAGGAUGAGGAUUCUGACGCGACUUCUGGCUGCCAAUAUAGGAGACUCCAAAUAUCGCGAGUCCCUCCAGGCUCAAUUUGACGAGGCAGCAUCUAUCGGUGGCGACACGGCUCUGGGCGAGGACAACGGUCUCCAGGGCUGUCUUGCGCACAUGAAAGCUCUUUCACAAUCCAUGGUUGCUUUAGCUUGUCAACCGCCUAACCAUGAACAAAUUCAAGAUUCCAUAUCUACUUGGCGAUCUAUUCUCGCUAGCUCAACGAGCAUUGAUCAACAAAUUGACGACCUGCCCGGGCUGCUGGAGCACUUGCAGUCUGUUGCAGACUAUGCCCGACUGUCGAACCGCAACAGCCUCCUGUUAGAUGCCUUGCAACUUGCAUCUGACCUGAGCCACCAAGUCGCCGACCUAGACACAGCCUUGAACUUGCAAAUUUCCGCAGCGCUUGCACUGCAACUGACGAACAUCGGACAAUCGACCAAAGCGUUAGGCGUACUGGAGCAGGCCCAGCAUUCAUUAAUUCCAGGAGAUACGAAGUGCCGUGAGGACGUCCUUGGCUUCCUCCUCUCGCACGCAGAGUAUUACCUUGAAGUUGGCAGCAUUGAAAAGGCAGACGAGCUGCUAUCACAGGCAAAGGAUACGGUUGCUUCGAUGAACAUGUCCAUUCGGUCGAGAAAUCGCAAAGCGAUACUGGCCCAAGCAUCGUUGGUUUAUUCCGCUGUUGCCCUUGGCCGAGGGGAUGCCCCAAGCGCUCUGAACUAUGCCAGGAAUGCCAGCCGCGUUCUAUUUCAGGAAUGGAUGAAGUUGGAGCAAAAGGCGAAGGCUGCACAGAGUGCAAAUCCAGACAAGUCCGUCGACGAGCCAUCGUCCCAGCUGGAUUGCUCCUUGGCCUCGUUGGCGGAGAAGAACAAGGACUCGCCUCCUGCUAUUUCAGGACCAUAUGCGUGGAGACUGGCGGACCCUGUGCUCAGGGGUCUUCUUUUCCUGUCAAAUAUAUAUGCUCACCUGGGUAUGUACCAGGAGACAGUUUUCUAUGCCGAGCAGGCUCAAAAGGUGGCACAGGCCGCUGGUUCCGAAGCAUACUUGGCCGAGUGUGAUGCCUGGGCGUCUUUCAUCUCAUCCAGAGCUGGCAAGCUCGAGGACGCUUUGAAAGUGGUCGGCCAAGUUCGAUCCCGACUGGAUGUUGGCGAGUACUCCAGCAGGCUCGUUAACCUUUGUUGUCGACUCGGUCACAUUUAUCGCGAGGUAGAAGACUUCGAUUCGGAAAGGGAGAUGAUUAACGCGGCAGAAGAGAUGGUGGGUCGCAUGGCACGCGGUUGUGAGAGCGAAGCAGCAGCUCCCAAUGGCGAAGCGGUUGCGACAAGCGAGACAAAGACGAGGAUUCCCGUCAGAAGCAAGCGAGCAACUGCAGCCACUCCUGCGACCCGUUUAGCAAAGGCGCCAGCGACGAGGACCGCCCCCAAGAAGGCCGCCGCGACGCAGUCGCAGCCCGCCACUUUGUCAACCGCCGAAAACGAGGACGCGUAUCUGGUAUCUAUUAAGGCAUCUGUCCUGGUUGAAAAAGCCUCAUCGAUGAUCCACAAAAGGGACUGGUCUGGAGCUUGGCAACUGUUACAGGAGGCCCGGCAGUCGUCCAAGAUUGCCUCAAACGUGCUGUGCGAACUACUCACAACAGCAACAUCACUUCUCGGGCAGAGCAUGGAACAGAUGUCUCAAGAUGCCGUCUAUUCUGUCAUCCAGGAAUCAACACUCUCGUUCCCUUCUGUUAGCAGCAUCCCGCAGUCAGAUCGCUUCUCAUUGAUCAAGGCUUCCCCCGCCAAGUCCGCACUUAGUCCUACUUUUCAAGAGAAAGAGGCAGUGUAUGAUGCUCAAGGAUACUUGGAGAAUCUACGAGAGGCACGUGAAAUGCUCUUGGAAGCCCACACCUUGGCCUCCGUUAUGGGCGACGGCAGGGAAGUGCGCAGGACCCUGGGAAUGCUUCAGACUGUCGUGAUUCUCCUCUCAGCGGCAACAGCUUCAGCUAGGAAAGCUGGUAUCCUCGGGCACCCAGGAUACGCCACCUGUGCAGUGGAAAUGGCGCGGAACCUUACGUGGCGCAGAGAGUACAACGCGCUGCUGACGGAGAAGAGCUCUGGAAGAAGUGGUAUGGAGUGGCCCGAAGAUAUACGAUCGUCGGAGACAAGGCGGGCCAGUCUGAGCCCCAUGGUCGACAUUUGCAAGUUCCAACGCGAGUACAUCGAUAUCAUUCCCCAGGAGUGGAGUGUGGUUUCUAUCUCACUCAGCGACAACAAGCACGAUCUCUGCAUUUCAAAAUUGCAGGCCGGGCAAAGCCCGUUCGUGAUCCGACUCCCUCUGGAGCGGGCGAGCUCGCGGGACGCUGACAGUGAUGUCUUUGACUUCCAACAAGGGCGAACUGAACUGCUUAAUAUUAUCAAACGGGCAAAUGAGACGUGUCACACCAAGGUAGACUUUUCCGUCAAAGGCGCAAAGACUGCUUGGUGGGUUGAGAGACAAGCUCUGGACGUACGGAUGGGAGAGCUGUUGGAAAGAAUCGAGCAGGUAUGGCUUGGCGGUUUCAAGGGCAUCUUCUCGCAACACAAGCGGCACCCAAAGCUACUCGCAAAGUUCCAGAAAGACUUCACCAACAUCCUCGAUAAGCACUUGCCUUCACGCCGCCAAGUCCGCGGGAAGAAGUCCAAAGCCACGGCUGCAAAGGUCACUCUCGACACAAGGAUUCUCGAACUGUUCGUCGGAUUUGGAGAUGCGACGAGCAUCGAAGGCGACUUUGACGAGAUGCUCAAUGAUCUACUCUACUUCGUCGUUGAUAUUCUUCAAUUUCACGGCGAACGCAAUGCCUACGACGAGAUUGAGUUUGACUCCAUGGCAGUGGAGACUCUGGAUGCGCUCCACUCAUACCAUGCGGAAGCUAAAACCCUGGAAGAAACAGGGGCCAGAAACCACACGAUUCUGGUUCUGGACAAGGCCCUGCACACGUUCCCCUGGGAGUCACUGCCGUGCCUGCAGGGGCUGGCAGUCUCCCGGGUGCCGUCGCUGGCAUGUCUCCGCAGGUUGAUUUUGGAGCAGAAGCCACCAAGCACAGCCGCAGAGACGGACGGCCGGGGGCAUCCGGCAGGGCACCACGUCUCUAUCAGCUCCGGGACGUACAUGCUCAACACCAGCGGCGACCUGAAGACCACACAGGCGACCUUUGAGGAGCCGCUCUCGGCACUCGGCGACUCGUGGAAGCGCGUCGUCAAGAAGGCGCCCACGGAGCCCGAGUUCGAGGCCGCCCUCUCGUCGUCCGACAUCCUGCUCUACAUGGGCCACGGCGGCGGGGCGCAGUACAUCCGCAACCGCACGAUCCGCAGGCUCGACAAGUGUCGCGCGACGGCGCUGCUCAUGGGGUGCAGCUCUGCCAGCCUCGCUGACGUGGGCGACUUUGAGUGCUACGGCCUGGUCUGGAGCUACAUGCUGGCCGGGUGCCCGGCUGUCGUGGGGACGCUGUGGGACGUGACGGAUAGGGACAUCGACCUGUACACGGGGAGGGUCUUUGAGGAGUGGGGACUGGUCGCGAGUGGCACGUUCCCCGGGAGGGGGAGGGGGGAGGACGCCGCCAGCAGCAGCAGCAGCAGCAGCAGCAGUAGCAGCAAGGAGAAGGGCAAGGCGGCCAGUGGAAUCGCUGCUGCUGAUGACGCCGCGGCACGUGAUACCAGGAGGCCUGCGCGGUCUGGCUCGCGCAACAACAAGAGGGCCGCGGCAGCAGCAGCGGAGGCGGUGGACGGCGACGGUGUCAGUGUCGGUGCUGGCGGUGGCACAGCUUGCGAAUAUGGCAACGCGUCCCUGCCCGAGGCUGUCGGCCGCGCGAGGAACUCUGGCGUCUGCAAGUUCAAGUACCUCAACGCCGCGGCGGUCUGUGUCUACGGCAUACCGGUGUACGUCGACCGUGGCCACCAGGGGGCGUGAUAGAAGGGUCGCCAUUGGCCCGAGGGAGGCAGGCGAAGACCUGUUUAUGCUUCGUGGUCUACGCGGCCCGUGAUUGGAUAGUGUUGGCCAGAGUGACUGUCUUCCCAAUCGAGGGGCCGUCCGAGCACGGGUGCGGUCUUACAGGAAACACAUUGGUGGACAGACAGCAAGGCGUUGGUACAGUUCAUCUUCUCCCCCGUGUCACUACUGCCGUCAGAGGCUCUUACGGGCAUGUCAUCAUGGAUGGAUAGCAUAGCGUGUUUGUCUUCCCCACCGGGGUGAGGUAGAAGGAGGAGGAAGCAUGUGUGUUGGCG